UAUAAAUUUAGAUUGCGGGCGCUGCAGUCUGCACGUGGUCAUUUGAAAUUCUCGAACCUUGCCUUAUUAUUAUUUGCCAAUUUUGACCUUAAAUUGUUACUAGGCAUCAUGGCCGAUGCAGGAAAAAUAUUAUUUGGUAAAACUGUUGACGAUAAUGUGAAGGCUGGCAUGGCUCGAGUACAUGGCGUACUAAAACUUGCAUUGGAGCUGAGAGGACUGCACAAUUACAGUGAUUAUUCUGGUGUCAAUGCUGCCAUCAAGAACUUCAACAAAUCUAUCCUAACUUGCAUGCAGGACAUACUACAACAUGAGGAUGUCAAGACAGAGCUUCUGGCAGACGUGCCUCUCGUGGACAAGCUGGAGAUGCUCAGAGACGCCAAUGACUGCCUCCUAGAACGAAUUAACACGGAAAUUGAUGAAGCUGCUGGGAUCAGGCGCGAAGGAACAAUGGAGCUCACUAUUCCUUCUGUCACAACUCUCCAAGCUCGACGAUCGAUCCUAAGUACUGAGAAUGAGUCACCAGUCAACUCAUCUAUGAUUUUGAUGGCAUCUAAGAACGUACAGAAGCCUCAGUUAUUCUUUUCGGAGACAAUAGAUAACUCGGCCAAGACUCCCUUCAUGCCCAUCAUAACGGAGAAGCCCAAUAGCCUCAAGCCGCUGGCCAUAAUGCUCUGCGCUACAGAACAGGGCACGGAAUACUACUCACAUCCCUACCAGUACGAGCUGGAGCAUUGGACUCCCGAUCUGAAGGCCUUGUCUGUGCCUGUAGAGCCUGUUGUGCCACCACCCCUGGACGAGGUGCCACUCGUCAUGGUUGACACUGUGGAAGCACUGCAACAAACUGUGCAGGAGCUCAAACUUGCCACACACAUUGCGGUCGAUGUCGAGCACCAUUCGUUCCGGUCAUACCUUGGGCUGACGUCAUUGCUGCAAGUGUCGACGCGUUCUAAAGAUUACAUCAUCGACCCUAUCAAGCUCAGAGGCAAGCUGACCUCUCUCAACGAGGUCUUCACUCAUCCUAAGAUAACCAAGGUGCUGCACGGCGCAGACUAUGACGUGUUGUGGCUGCAGCGUGACUGUGGUCUCUACCUCGUCAAUCUAUUUGACACGCACCUGGCUUGUGUGGUGCUAGAGUUCCACCAGCGCUCCCUUGCGUACCUCCUCAAUGUCUUCUGUAACGUGAUGGCUGAUAAGCGCUACCAACGCGCCGACUGGAGGCUCAGACCCCUGCCUCGGAAUUUCAUCGAGUAUGCACGGCAGGACACGCACUAUCUCCUCUACAUCCACGACCUGCUGCACAACCUGCUGCUGGAGCGCGCAAACGGCGCCACCAACCUGCUGCAGGCCGUCUACGACCGCAGCACCGCGCUCUGUCUCACGCGAUAUGAGAAGCCAGUGGUGAGCGAAGACAGCUACUUACAGCUGUACAACCGCAGCCGUAAGACCUUUAACAAUCAGCAGCUGCAUGCCCUGCAGCGACUGUACCUGUGGCGCGACAAGACCGCUCGCGAGCACGACGAGAGUGUCGAUUUCGUGGUGCCGCGUCACAUGUUGCUGCACAUCGCCGAGGUGCUGCCCCGGGAGGUGCAGGGCAUCCUGGCCUGCUGCAACCCCAUCCCGCCCCUCGUCAAGACCGAGCUCCUCACGCUGCACUCCAUCCUCAGGGACGCUCGGGAGCAGCCUGCCCUCAAGACGCUGGAGCGUCGUCUGGACGUGACCCCCACGGUAGCAGCGAGCAGCAGCAGCACGCGAUGCCUCCACGACCUCUCCAGCCUGCACGACUCUGGCUCCCUUCCUUGCUUGCUGGAUGGUACGGCGACUGGUUCCUUGUCCGAGUCGCUGUUUGGGGAUCGACUGAUUGACGAAGAAGUGAUUGUCUGUCGCAAGCCCUCGUCUGAUCUUCUUAGUGGUCAUCAGAAAAUUGAGCCGAAGAAAAUUUCUACAUCGUGUACAAAGGGAUUCUUGAGUCCGUACGAUCGAUACCGCCUCUAUGUCGACUCCAAAGUGAAGCUCCCAGUAUUCGAGGGCGACGAUGUGAAAACAUCAGUUCAGAAGCCAUCUGUUCAGAAGACUUCCACUAGCAGCAAACAGGUUACAGAAGACGACAGAAUAUCGCGCGUGCGAGAUCAUUUCUUGAGUUUGGCCCAAAUAACUCCCCCUCCUGCACGCGCUAGUCGCCCCAUGGAUGCUGAUGACCUGCGGGUGCAAAGACUUCUCGCUGAAGUAAGGAACUCUGUCAUGAAUUCCAAGCCGCCCCCUCUACGUCAGGACUCGGACAGCAGCAGCAGCAGUAGUAGUAGCAGUUCCAGUGAUUCUAGUGAUACGGAGGAUGAAAAAUCUGGAGACAUGAAUGAAGCUGUUAAUGUUACCAAUGGGGUUGCAGAAGUUAGACCUCCCAGCAGCAGCAGCAGUAGUAGUAGUAGUAGCAGCAGCAGCAGUAACAGCUCUAGUAGGAGCAACGAUGCAGUUUCCACGUUAAGAAAUGAAUCAAACCAGCCAUCAGAGUCUCCUAAACACAGCGCUGAAACGCAAGAAAUCGACGAUGCUCUCAAAAAAGCUUCAAUAACUCAUCUUGUUGAGGAUUAUUCAGCUAUGUCCACAGACGAGGGACCUCCUAAGAAAAAAGUGAAACUUUCUGCAAAAAGUAAACAAAAAUCAAAAUUAAAGUUUCGCAAGAAGGAGUCUACAUCUGCUGAUGUUUUACCUAAAAUAAAGGAUGACAAGUUAGCUCAGGAUAUUAAGGAAGAACAUAAUCCGAUAAUUGAUACUCCUGCAGUAAUGACUACGAAAAAAAAUAAUCAGGGCAAGCGUUCAAAAGGCACUAAAAGAAAAUCUUCUGAGAUGCAGAUUAAUCCCUUCAACUAUGACAGUGAAAACUUCAAAAUGUUUCAGAUCUCCAAAAAACAGAAGAAGAACAUGGUCCGUGCCUCCACUAAGGGUCGUGGUGGCAAGAAGCCCUGCAGAGGAGCUGGUCGCACCUGAGCACGACUCGUACACUCAGGGAAAAUGAGUGAACAUUGUCCAAAUAGCGAUGCACUCAUUGCCUCCUUAGAGUGGGUCAUUCUAACCCAGUUUGAUCUGUCAAAAAAGUUUAUGCGAGCUACGUGCGGAAAGCGUCAUUAUUUGGUCACUACGCCAUGUUACCUAGUGUCAUCAACCUAUGCAGCACUAGACAUCCUUCACUUGUUAACCAUCAAAUAGUUUGAUAAAUACACCAGGAAACUUUUCUGUUCUAAUUUUUUUGCUCAUUGCAAAUCAAUUUUGUUUUCUUUUUUAUGAUAUUUUUUUCUCUUAUGAUAGAAAAUUUUUCGACAACCAAUUGCUGGUUUGUAUGAACAAGUCCAUGGUAAUGAUUGGCGUUCAUAUUUAAUGCUUGAAAAAAGGCAGGGGAAUAUUCAUUAAUAAGUUUCG